GCGGCCCGGACGCAGUCCGCCGGGAGGCUUCCCUCGCCCCGCGCAGCCCGGGAGCAGGAAACUUCAUGCAUUGGAAACCAUGGAUAAAUAUGAUGUGAUUCAGGUCAUUGGGGAAGGUGCCUUUGGGAAAGCAUACUUGGCCAAAGGGAAAUCAGAUAGCAAGCACUGUGUUAUAAAAGAGAUCAAUUUUGCAAAGAUGCCCAGCCAAGAAAAAGACGCUUCAAAGAAAGAAGUCAUUCUUCUGGCAAAGAUGAAGCAUCCUAACAUUGUAACCUUCUUCGGUUCGUUUCAAGAGAACAACAGGCUGUUUAUUGUGAUGGAGUACUGUGAUGGAGGGGAUCUCAUGAAAAGAAUCAAUAGACAACGGGGAGUGUUAUUUAGUGAAGAUCAGAUCCUGAGUUGGUUUGUACAGAUUUCUCUAGGACUAAAACAUAUUCAUGACAGGAAGAUCUUACACCGGGACAUAAAAACACAGAACAUUUUUCUUAGCAAGAAUGGAGUGGUCGCAAAGCUUGGGGACUUUGGUAUAGCAAGAGACCUGAACAAUUCCACAGAACUUGCUCAGACAUGCGUUGGGACACCUUACUACCUGUCUCCAGAGGUCUGCCAGAAUAAGCCCUACAACAACAAAGCGGAUAUUUGGUCUCUUGGCUGUGUAUUAUAUGAGCUCUGCACACUCAAGCAUCCUUUUGAAGGUAACAACUUACACCAGUUGGCUCUGAAGAUUUGUCAGGCACAUUUUGCCCCACUAUCUCCAAGGUUUUCCUGUGACCUACGGUCCUUGGUAUCACAGCUCUUUAAAGUAUCUCCCCAAGAUCGGCCAUCUAUUAAUUCAAUUUUGAAAAGGCCCUUUUUAGAGAAUCUCAUUGCCAAAUACUUGACUCCUGAGGUCAUUCAGAAAGAAUUCAGUCAUACCCUAAUAGGUAGAACAAGAUCAUCAGGUUCUCGAUCUGCUGAGAAGGUGGUCCAAGAUUUUAAAAUACAGAAAAUGAGAUUCCAGAAGUGCUUACCAAGAUCAAGAAUGUCAGUGCCAAAUAAAACAAAGGAUAUAAUAUAUGGAUAUGAAUGGAGACAACUAGCUGGAGCCCAGAAGCCCAUAUCUAUAAAAAUGGUAGAUAGGCCCAAACAUGCUGGAGUGUGUGGCCAUUAUGAUUAUUACUAUGCUCAACUUGACUUGUUAAGGAAGAGAUAUCAUGAACCACAUUACCACUGUGUUCCUCAUGAAGAUACCAGAGUUAAGGAGAAUUAUAGUCAGGAAGAAAGCAGCAGUCAAUCACCAGGCCAAUGGCCUGCUGAAUACCUUCAGAGGAAAUUUGAAGCUCAGCAAUAUAAGUUGAAAGUAGAAGAGCAAUUGGGUCUUCGUCCAUCUUCUGCUGAGCCAAAUCACAGGAGACAAGAGCUAAGAAGUAAUGGAGAAGAGCCUACAUUCCAGGAGUUGCCAUUCAGGAGAAACAAAAUGAAGGAACAGGAAUAUUGGAAGCAGUUAGAAGAAAUACGCCAACAGUACCACAAUGACAUGAAAGAAAUUAGAAAGAAGAUGGGGAGUGAACAAGAGGAAGACUCAAAAAUAAGUCAUAAAACCUACCUGGUGAAGAAGAAUAGCCUGUCCGCCCACCAAGAGACACCUGAGGAAGAAGCACCUGUGCAGGAUAUUGAAAGAGACUUGAAAAAAAUUAAACCUCAGAACAUAAAGGAAAGUAAAAUUCCAGAACAAAAAUAUAAAGCUAAGAGAGGAGUAAAGUUUGAAAUUAAUUUAGACAAAUGUAUUUCUGAUGAAAAUAUUCUUGAAGAGGAAAAGGCCAUAGACACGCUAAAUGAAACUUUGACCUUUGAGGAUGGCAUGAAGCUUAAGGAAAAUAAAUGUGUAAAGGAGCACGAGGAUUACACAGAUGAAGCAUUGGAAAAACUCUGCUCAGAAGCAGUCUACAUUGAAAAUCUUUUGUUUAAAGUUCUAACAACAUUCUGUGAUUUUAUAAAAACUCAAAUGAAGAAGUGUUUUCUUUUUAAUAACACAGUCUCCUCUUCAGAUGGCCAAGUGAUGGCGAUCAGUGGCAUUCCAGAAAAUAGGAAACAGUGGCGGCAUGAAGCUCCAGAAACUUUAAUGAAUCUUUUGGCAGCAGCACAUCUAACAAGUAGCUCAUUUUCUGCCAAAGAAGGAGAAUUUGUGAGAACAUUAAAACAAUGGCUUCCUAAAGAAAAUGAGGGGACGGUGGAAAUGGCCUCUGGCAUUGAAGUAGAUGAGGAACAACCAGAACCAAGAGAUGAUGAUGAUGAUGAUGAUGAUGAUGAUGAUGAUGAUGAUACAAAUUUUGAAGAAUCUGAAGAUGAGUUGAAAAAUGAAGUAGUAGAAUCCCUGGAAAAACUCACUACUUCCAAAGAGGAGGGAAAAAAAGAAGAGGUUUCCGGUUCCCCUGAGGACACUGAAAAGUUAGGAGAAAUAUGCAGAAUUAAAUGAAGGUUUGGAGAAUAUUUCUACUCCACCUAAUGGUAAAAUCUUUAUUAUUGAUGACCAAGGAACAUCAACAACCAGUCAAAAUAUACAAGUGUGAUUACUGUACUUUUUCUUAAGCAGUAAGUUAGUAUAAAUUAACCAAAGUAUCUGUUUGGGCACAAGUCAUAAAUACUCAUCUAUAAUAAUAAAAGUGUAAUAUGCUAAUUAGACUGGACAGCUGAACGACCUUCUGGAUGUCCUUCUGGAUAACCUUCCGGACGAAGCUGGGGCUGUGAGGGCUGAGCCCCUUGCACAAAUUUCAUGCAUCGGGCCUCUAGUUUAUUAUAAGGCUUUUCCAGUAAUCCCAAGAAUUUACUAAUUUUUCUCUCUAAAUGUAAACAGUAGAAUUUUUUGAGUGUAGAAACUAAUAUUUUCACUUUAAAAUUUCUAUUUGGAAACCUUGCAGAUAAUAUAUGUGGUAGGCAGAGUAAUGUGCCUACCCCCUUCCCAAAUGUGAAUAUAUUAUGUUAAAUGCAAAGGGAAAUUAAAGUUGCAGAUGGAAUUAAAGUUGCUAAUCAGCUGACCUUAAAAUAGGGAGGUUAUCUUGGACUAUCCAGGUGCCAAUCCUAUAUAAUAAAAGCUUAAUAUGCAAAUUGUCCCCUCGGGCAGUCCUUUGACUGGAAGACCGGGAGUUCAACCGCUCGCUAUGAUGUGCGCUGACCACCAGGGGAUGGCGUGGAACAUGGCGGGUGUUGUCGACCUAGUGCUGGCAGCAGGCGGCAGUAGAGGUGCUGCCAGCCCCGAUGGGCCCUGACGAGCAGGACCAUGGCAGGAUGGUGGAGCAGGUGAGCAGGCAGUGCCAGGACAAGGCGGGUAGGAGUGGGGGCCUGAUUGCCCUGCCAAUUGCCCCACAGACAGCGACCAGUGGCAGUGGCAGGGGAUGGGGCUGCCAUCCGGCUCCCAGGUGCUGAGGGAGUGAAGCGGGGGG